AAUACCGCACCCUUUUAUCUUUGUCGCCGCCCUGUUGCUCAGCACCAGUCACGCAGCACCCAGGGGGUCAACCAUCUUCGAGGCCAACCAGCUGGUGGACAUGUCACACGACUUGCGGGAAAAGAUGGCGACGUGGCCCGGACACACCAAGUAUGAUUUCAAUGUCGACGUUAGGGGCAUAGCACCUGGGAAAGACUUCUAUCUUGAGUUGAACAGCCUGCAUUUGUCCGAGCACGUCAGCACGCACAUGGACGCCCCAGCACACUUCGCCAAGGGCAAGUGGCAUGUGGAUCAAAUCCCCACCCAGAACAUCGUCGGGGCUGGUGUGGUUGUGGACAUCAGCGACAAAGCGUUCAAAGAUCCAGACGCCGAAGUAACCGUGGAUGAUUUGACGAAGUGGGAGGAGACGUACGGGAGAAUUCCUGACAGGGCGUUCGUGUUCAUGAAUUCGGGCUGGGAACAUCGCUGGAACAACAUCACCGCUUUUCUCGGCAAUGACAAAGAGAACACGACAGGAUUCCACUUCCCAGGAUUCCAUCCCGCAGCAACAAAGUGGCUAGUCGACAACCGGGAUAUCAUGGCUAUUGGGGUUGACAGCAUCUCAUUGGAUAAUGCUAGGACGAAUGAUCAUGGCACGCACAGAUAUGCCAUGGGCCAUAACGUCAUGGGCUUCGAGAUGGUAGCAAAUCUUAGCCGAGUCCCACCACGUGGCUCCACCAUUUACGCACUGCCGAUGAAGGUGCACGACGGAAGUGGCGCCCCAGUGCGGAUACUAGCGGUACUAAAUGGAGCGGCGAAUCUGAACAGCGGGUUGUUUAUGCCUUUAACAAUGAUUCUGUGCUCGCUGUUGGAAUAUUUGGAUUAACGUCUGACGAAAGUCAUAUCAAUCCGAACUUAGCGGUCAGGCGCUAUCCGUUUUUUAGAUGGUUCAGCACAGUUUUCUGCCCAUGGGCUCUCAGUGCCGCAUAACAAAUAUGAGUUCCGGGCAAUCAAAAGUUACCUCCAGAUUUCUCUAUUUCACCCAGAGGCAUCCUGGCCACGUAUUGCUCCAUUCUGCUGCGCAAUCUCAUCAUAUACACAGUCUCAAUUUGCCAAAAGAGUAGGUCAACCCAAACAUUACUUCAGACCAGGCGCAAAAACAGUAAUACCUUUACAGCGUUGUGCAUUUAUGGUGUAACGGAGGAAGAAGAGACACAACGAUUCCACUGAGGAAAGUUUUGUUAAGAAGUUCCACGCUAGACAUCCGAUUCACACCUUCAUAAUAAUUUUAUUCUAUCUUAAUUACUGCAUAUACGUGUAUGCUAUAUGUU